CACACAAAUGUAAUGUUUUUAAUUGUUCCCACUAGUCAAAUACAGAAUACCUCUAAAAAACUACCAAUUAUAUCAUGAGAUUUUUGUUUAAAGCUUCAGGAAAUUAGUAACAUAAUUUUACAUGGGUUAACAGCAAAAUAAACAUUACUGCUCAGCCCCAACACAUGCAGUUUGCCUAUACCAGGGAUCCUGUCAAAAUAUACACCAUCUGUAUCUUCUUAAGUGCAGUUAUCAUAGAGCACAGUCCCUGACAUCACACAGCUGCAGAGAUGAAUAAACAAAGAGAAACCUUCUCAGAAGUGAGUCUGGCCCAGGACCCAAAGAGGCAGCAAAGGAGACCUAAGGGUAAUAAAAGCUCUAUUUCAGGAACCGAACAGGAAGUAUUCCAAGAAGAAUUAAACCUUCAAAAUGCUUCUCUGAAUCAUCAAGGGAUUGUUAAAAUAUAUGACUGCAAAGGUUUACUGCCACCUCCAGAGAGGCUGACUGCUGAGGUUCUGGGAAUCAUUUGCAUUGUCCUGAUGGCCACUGUGCUAAAAACAAUAGUUCUUAUUCCUUUCCUGGAGCAGAACAAUUCUUCCCCGAAUACAAGAACCCAGAAAGCACAUCAUUGUGACCAUUGUCCAGAGGAGUGGAUUACGUAUUCCAACAGUUGUUAUUACUUUGGUAAGGAAAAAAGAACUUGGGAAGAGAGUUUGCUGGCCUGUGCUUCAAAGAACUCCACGCUGCUUUCUAUAGAUAAUGAAGAAGAAAUGAAAGUUCUGGCUGCCAUUUCAGCUCCCUCAUGGAUUGGUGUGUUUCGUAACAGCAGUCAUCAUCCAUGGGUGUCAAUAGAUGGUUUGACUUUCAAAUAUAUGAUUAAAGACUCAAAUAAUGCUGAACAUAAUUGUGCAAUGCUACAUAUAGAUGGACUUAAAUCAAAGCCAUGUGGAUCUUCAAUAAAAUAUCAUUGUAAGCAUAAGCUUUAGAAUUAAAACAUUUGAGUUUGCAGUCUGACAGAUAAAUUUUAUAUUUGUUAAAAUAGAAAUAACAUAAUUGCAUGUCUUAAAAUGAAUCAUGUUAUUUGCUGUAAUAAUAAGAAAAUUCUAAAUCAGUUAUUGAAAUAUAAUACACACAGUUACAAAAGUACAGAUCUCCUGGCAUUUGUGUUGGGCUUAUUUUGCUCAACUUGAUGUUUGUGGCAUUCAGCCUUCCUAAAACUUGCAUAUUAUAUGAGUCAGUUUAUAUGAAGCAGCAAGAACUUCAUGUAAGUUCUUGCUGCAUACAAGGGAAACUCUGGAGACAGAAAGUAGAAUAGUGAUUGCCAAUGCCUAAGGAAAGUUGAAAUAGGAGAUGACCACUAAUUGCUAGAAUGUUUCUUUGUGUCAGUGAUGAAAACUUUCUAAAUUUCAGUCGUGGUGAUGGUUGGAAUUCUGUGAAUACACUAAAAGUCACAUUUUAAGUGGAUGAAAUUUAUGCUAUGUGCAUAAUACUUCAAUAAAGCUGUCAAAAAAAAAAACCUCUCAUGGGGCUGUUUGUGACUGCAUUUAAUCUCUAAAGUAAUUUUUAAGAUUAGCUUCUUGACUUUUCCAAUCAAUAUCAUAUUGUGUCCUUCAAUGCACUGUGUUCAAUGUGCUGGGUUCUCUUCAAUUUCUAUCAUAUUAUGCAUUUUGGGGGAUUUAAUCAUACAGAAAUGCAGAUGUUUUACAUUCAUGCUUUUGUAAAUGGCAUCCUGAUUUUAAUAUUCCUUUUAGUAAUUUUUGUUGUUGUAAAUAGAAAUACAAUUGAUGUCUGCA